AGGCGACAAGCAGAAAACGACAAAACGAAAUGACACACAGGCGGACACACCUGGAGAGAAAGUUCCUCUUGGCAGUGAUGGUUCUGAUGGUGCUGACCGCAGCAGGACAGUCUGCAGAUUUGGUUAAAACCUCUCCAACCAGUCCAACUCCUCACUCAAAUUCAUCUCUAAUUACGCUUCUAAUCAAGAGCAGCGCAGUGACGCCUAAAGUCCAGCUUGUACGCAGACCUUGUGGAAGGGAACAUUCAAAUUUCUGCCUCCACGAUGGGGAGUGUGUGUACCCUCAAGACAGCAGCAGCAGCAAUCCUUCCUGCAUCUGCAAAGAAACGUACACCGGGAAACGCUGCGAGACCUACAGCAGUUACAUUUCUGCCUCCUUCAACACAGACCAAGUGAUCGCCAUCGUCUUUGGCGUCAUCAUGGUCGUCUUCUUUUUGGGCCUGCUCAUCUUCCUCUUUGCCUACAGGAGGUGCAGGAAAUCAACACCUCAUAUAAAACUUGCCUCAUCUGAGACUUCUGUAUGACCAGCUUCAAAUCCUCAUUCCUCCUCGUUAUAUUUAUCGUCGCCGCCAUUUCAGACAAAAUUACUCACUGGAAAAACCGUUGUCUUUAUUGUGUCAAUCCACAGCUCAGUUAUUUUGUUGCCAUUUUUAUUUACCCUUGAUUUAAACAA